UGGGACGUAAAUCCAAGAUGGCGGGUUCCCGUUCCACGAUGAAAUUUUGGAAGCCGGGGUCCGAUGCACCGGGGAUCUCCGAGGAGCGUGAACUCAACACGGAGACCAUCGGCUCCACCGCCGUCUUCAACCAGUACAUUGCACUCUCCAUAGAGAAGCAGAGACAGAAGCUCCCUGUUUUCAAGCACAGAAACAACAUCCUGUACUUGGUGGAAAACUUUCAGACCGUCAUCAUUGUUGGAGAAACCGGAUGUGGGAAGACGACACAGAUACCUCAGUACCUGCUGGAGGCCGGCUGGGCAGCAGAGGGGAGGGUGAUUGGAGUGACACAGCCUCGACGCGUGGCUGCUAUCUCUGUGGCCAGCCGUGUUGCAGAGGAAAGAGGUGCUCGGUUAGGACAUGAGGUGGGCUACACGAUCAGAUUUGAUGACUGCUCUGACCCUCAAGCCACCAGGAUCAAGUUCCUUACAGAUGGAAUGCUGGUGCGGGAGAUGAUGGCUGAUCCCCUUCUUAAAAAAUACAGUGUGUUGAUGCUUGAUGAGGCACAUGAGAGAACCCUGUACACUGACAUAGCCAUUGGUCUGCUAAAGAAGAUCCAGAAGAAACGUCGAGACCUGCGGCUGAUUGUGGCCUCUGCCACUCUGGAUGCCAAGAAAUUCCACGAGUUCUUCAACCUGAAUGAGUCUGGAGAUCCUAAUAAGGACACGUGUGGAAUUUUAACAGUGGAGGGACGCACCUUCCCAGUGGAUAUUUUCUACACUGUCAGUCCUGUACCUGACUAUGUCAAGGCCACAGUGGAGACGGUGAUGAAAAUACAUGAGACAGAAGAUAAUGGGGAUGUGCUGGUCUUCCUUACCGGACAGGAUGAAGUGGAGAAGGUGGUGUCGCUCCUGAAGGACCAAGCUAAGUCUAUGUCACGACAAGGCAUGAAGAAACACCUGAGAAUUUUGCCAAUGUAUUCUGGUUUACCUUACGCUGAGCAGAUGAAGGUCUUUGAGCGGGUGCCUGCUACAGUUCGCAAAGUGGUGGUGGCCACCAACAUAGCUGAGACAUCCAUUACCAUCAAUGGCAUUGUUUUUGUCAUCGACUGUGCUUUCGUCAAGCUACGUGCAUAUAACCCCAGUACUGCCAUUGAAUCACUGGUGGUGACACCCAUCUCCAAGGCUUCUGCCAGCCAGAGAGCUGGGAGAGCGGGCCGGAACCGACCAGGGAAAUGCUUUAGACUCUAUACAGAGGAGGACUUUGAGAAGCUGCCUCUCUCUACUGUUCCAGAAAUGCAGCGCACUAAUUUGGCCCCAGUCAUCUUGCAGCUCAAAGCUUUAGGCAUUGACAACGUCCUGCGAUUCAGCUUCCUUUCGCCUCCUCCAGCUCAGACCAUGGUUCAGGCCCUAGAACUUCUUUAUGCUCUGGGAGGCCUGGAUAAUUAUGGACGCUUGACCGAUCCUAUGGGCAUUCGGAUGGCAGAGUUCCCUCUGAGCCCCAUGUUUGCCAAGAUGCUGCUAGAGUCAGGAAACUUUGGCUGCUCCAAAGAGAUUGUCACCAUUGCUGCAAUGAUGCAGAUUCAGAAUAUAUUUGUUGUGCCACCCAAUCAGAAGAAAGUUGCUGCCCGUCAGCACAGGAAAUUUGCUGUUGCUGAGGGCGACCACCUCACCAUGCUGAAUGUAUAUGAAGCUUACCUUAAGCACCAGAAGAGCUCCCAGUGGUGUCAGCAGCAUUAUCUCAAUUACAAAGGUCUGCAGCGAGCCGUGACAGUACGAGAGCAGCUGCGGCGUCUCAUGACCAAGUUCAAGGUGGUGUGGACUUCCAGUGAAGGUGAUCCUGAUGUGAUUUUGAGGUGCAUUGUGUCUGGAUUUUUUUCCAAUGCAGCGCGCAUUCACCACUCUGGUUCAUACAGAACUUUACGAGACGAUCGUGAACUUCACAUUCACCCCACCUCUGUACUAUAUGGAGAAAAACCCCCAAAAUGGGUUGUCUUCAACGAAGUGGUGCAGACGAGCAAGUACUUCAUGCGAGAUGUGACUGCUGUGGAGUCAUCUUGGCUGGUGGAACUGGCGCCUCACUUUUACAAGCAGGCUAAACAUGGUUCACUUGGCAGCAAGCGAUCCCGUGUCCUCUAAAUCUGUUUGUCAAGUGAGGAAGACUCCCUCUCUGUGCCAUUAUGUAGAUAAAGAUGUAAUAUUUAUUAAUCACGUCCACAUGCACACCUGUGACCACGCUUGACAUCACUUGCUUUUUGAUAGUGAUCUACUUGUACUUUGUUAGAUCUGCUGAUGAAUGUGAGAAGUGUGGCGCUAUGUGCUUUGUUUGUACUUGUACAUAGUCAGAGAAGGCUCUGGUCCAGGAAUGGUUGCAGUCAUACCUGGUUCUAGGCUUGGUUAUUUUUUUAAAAGCUCUAUCCUUUUGCUGGAUGAUACAUUCUGGAAAAUAAUGGCACAUGAGACUUUUUCCUAUUAAUUUGCCCCCUCAUAACCUAGGUGCCUUUAGCAAUGUAACUGUUAACUUGAUCUUUUUUUUAAUUUUAUUUCUUAAAUUGGGCUCAUGAGGACACUGUGAAAAGACUUCCAUACCUUUUUAGAGAAGUCCGACCUUACGUCCAGAUUGUGUAGCCUUCUUACCAAUCCUUGCCAAUUUACUUUCAUCCGAUCAUGUCUCAUUUCAUUUGCCAAGGGACUGUGAAUAAUACACAAGUGUUGCACAUGGAAAGCUGUGAUAACCAAAUUAGUGCUGCUUGUCAAAACAAUGAUGUUAAAGUGCACUCAGAUGUAGCCUAAAGCCUCAAAAGAACUAGCAUUUAGCUAUCCCUUGCAUUUUUGUCAUUUUAAAUGUGUUACAGAGCUGUACCUUUUGGUGCCCUAUUACAUCUAGCAUAUGAAUACAAUAGUUCCUCAAUAACGUGAUCUCCAUCACUUGUGGCUACUCAAAAUGUUUCUCCGUUUUCAUUAGUAUUAGCAAGCAGUAUCUUACAGUUUUUUUAUUCUAUUACUAGAAUUGCUGUUGAGGCAGGAUAUUCAGAACUUUAGGCAGACUUGCAUGAUUUGUAGUAAAACUACUGUACUGUAGAUUCUUUAAAUCUAAUCAGUGCACAGAAGCACAACAUACAGAUGCUGGGCAAAUCCACUCUUGCAUGUGUAAUGAUGUAAUUAUUACAUCCAUAACUAUCACCUGUCAUUUCUUCCUCUCAACACCAAAUAAAUGCUCAACA